AUGCUCGGCCAUACCAGAACACUUCUUUUUUCCACCAUCGUGCUUGGAGCUGGUCUCGUUCCCGUUCAUUCUCUCUCACUAUCGUCUUCCUGUUCUGCUUCACUCCAGAGCCUGGUACAGUCUGAAGCCGCUGCCUGCCUUAAUGGGCCUGCCCUCGUCACGGCUAUACUUGGAAGUCAAGGAAACAAUGCCGUUUCUGUACCUGCUAUCGUCGAUUCCUGGCUAUCGAAGCUAUGUUCUUCGGGAUCCUGUACUGAUGAGAACAUUGGUGCAGCAGCAAUCAACCUUACGAGUGGAUGCAGUCAAGACCUCGCUGCGUUAGGUUUGAAUAUCCUGGGGGUCCAAGAGCAGAUCGUAGAUAUCGCAAAGAAGGCCUACCCUACUGUUCGUCAAAUCGCGUGCCUCAAAGAUGACAACACCGGCCAGCGCUGCGCGGUAGAGACAUUAUCAAACGUCGACAAUGCCAUCGGGGGGCUGAAUCUGGAUGGCCUUAGUUACCUUAAUUUGUCCUUGGACGCGUUGAAAUUGGUGUCCACUGGUGCCAAAGACUUGGCUUGUACAGAUUGCAUGAAGGCGUCCUUCAAUUUGGCGCGCAACGACUUCCCGUCUAUUGUUGACCAAGGGGACCAGACGUUGAAAGAGGUUUGCGGUGCCUCGUUCGUUGAUGGAAACACGCCUGACGGAAUAUCUCAGACGGCUACAAGUGGUGUUUUCGUCGCGCAGGCAACCAAAAAUGCGGCAUUGGGGUUACACCCUGUCAAGCCUCUCGGAAACGCAGGAAUGGUGCUUGCCGUCGUAAUUUCCGCCUUUGUUUUCAUGGCGUGA